CCCGCCGCCGCAGUGACAGCUCCGCCCGGUGCCCGUCAGGCCCUGCCCAGCCGAGCCGCGCAGCGGGAGCGGGGCGGACCUGCCAUGGCCGACGACUUCGGCUUCUUUUCCUCAUCUGAGGCGGCCGGCGCCGAGGAGGACCCGGCCGCCGCUUUCCUGGCCCAACAGGAGAGCGAGAUCGCGGGCAUCGAGAACGACGAGGGCUUCGGGCCGACCGACGGCGAGUCGGCCACCCCCCCGACCGGGCAGGCGGCCCAGCCGGAACCGGCUGGUUUCCAGAAUGGAGGAACCACUGUCAAUGGAGAUGUCUUCCAGGAGUCCAAUGGCCCCACCGAUGCCUAUGCAGCCAUAGCCAAGGCUGACCGGCUGACCCAGGAACCUGAGAGCAUCCGCAAGUGGAGGGAGGAGCAGAAGAAGCGCCUGGAGGAGCUGGAUGCAGCAUCGAAGGUGACUGAGCAGGAAUGGCGUGAGAAGGCCAAGAAGGACCUGGAGGAAUGGAACCUGCGUCAGAAUGAGCAGAUGGAGAAGAACCGAGCAAACAACAGGGCCUCGGAGGAAGCAUUCCUGAAGGAGUCCAAGGAGGAAACCCCUGGCUCCGAAUGGGAGAAGGUGGCUCAGCUCUGUGAUUUCAAUCCCAAGAGCAGCAAGCAGAGCAAGGAUGUCUCGCGGAUGCGCUCGGUGCUCAUCUCCCUCAAACAGACACCCCUGUCCCGUUAGCUGCUGCCUGGCACAGCUGGAGCACAGCCAGGCAGGGCUGAGCUCACCGAGCCCAGAGAGGGGCCUCAUCCUGCCUGCUCCCGGCUGUGCACCUCUGCUGUGCUUGAGUCACUGGUUAUAACUCUCCCCAUGGUUUUCCUUUGCUUAAAAGGUGCAUCGGUCUCUUUUUACACCUAUUUAUUACACUGUGGCAUUUCCCCGGGAAGCGACACUGGGUGGCAGAGCUGAGUUACAGCAGGGGAGCCCGCAGCCUGGGCUGAGUUUGUGCCCAGAGGCCUGGCUGAGUGAGAGGGGGAACAUCCCCCUGGUGUUCCCCUCCUCACCCCUGCACUGGGAAUAAACCCACCUGCGGCUCUCCUGGAGCAGCUACAGGCAUGGCAGCCGUAUGUCUGAUGCUGGGACCCAGGCAGUGAUCCCAGCGGGACCCUGGGGUUGUCACCUGCCUUUCCCAGGGGUUUAGAGCAGAGCUGGUGUGGGAAGGAAGAGGAACAGCCCUUCCUCAGCUCUGCACUGCUAAGUCUGCAGGAGCAUGGCUGCAGCAUGAUGCUGCUGGGCCGAGGAAUGUGAGUACAGGCAGCCAGGCUGGGCUGAGAAGGCCCCAAGCCCAGCAGAACUCUCCCCAGCCUGGCUCUGUGUCCCAAAAAGCUAGUGGGGCUCCAAGCAGUAGUUGCAGUGUCCGUGUCCCAUCCAUCCUGUGGGGUUGUUUGAGGUGGUGCAGGACACUGGGAUAAGGCCAUGGGGUGAGUGUAUGGGAUGUUUUCUGUCCCUCCAGCAAAGCAACUAGCAGUUGGGAAUGUGGGUGCCAGGCUUUGGGACCCUUGGCUCUGCUCCUUCCCCUGAUACUGGGAUGGGAGAUGGAGGCUGUGUGGUUGCAGGGAAGGAGGUAGGAAGGUUGAACCCCCACUUCCCUAAUCCAGGGACCCAGAGCAGGACUGGGCAGAGUUCUGGUGCUGGGGCUUGUACUGUACUUGGAGAACAACCUGCACAUCUGUGUGCAGCUGCUCUGUGGAUUCUCUUUGGUCCCUGCUGGAUUUAUAUACCUAAGGCAGCAUGGGGAGAUGCCUCAGUCCCACUCCCCACCCCACAAGACACUUUCUGGCCUGAACACCCAGUUUCUCUCCUCUGCUUGGCAGGGCCAGCAUCAGCCCCUCCAGCUUGGAGGCCCAGCUCUGGAAACCUGCACAACUCCGGGCUAGCAGGAGAGGGACAGACCCGUGACAUGGAGCAGAGCCCACUAAACAUUUGCUUGAGCAUCACUGCAGAGCCCUGUCAGUCAAACAGCAAGUACACAAAGCUCUCCUGCCCUGCAGCUAUGGAGUCAGGAAGGUCACCUCUUUAGGGGUGACCAGGCACCCCUGGCUCAGGGGCACAGGCUCAGCAGUGAGCUGGGAAGGGGAAUGGGUGUGUUGGGAGUCACUUGGGUGUCAUUAUGUGCUGGGAUUGUGCCCCUUGUCCAUAGGGCUAUUGCUCCUACUCUGUCCCACUGUGCUCCAGCAAGCAUAGGCAGCUCUGCUGUGGUGCAGGAUGGACACUGGUACAGGGUAUCCUGGGGGCUGGCUGGCUGCUUCUGCCUCUCACUGCAGAGCAGAGGGAAGUGAAGCAGUCACCCCACCGUGCUCUGUCCCACUAGCCCUCCUGACAACUGUGCCCCCUGUCAGGCAGGACAGCCAGCUCCCGGGGAGCCAUGCCCACAGCUCUUCUACAUCCCCCUGGCUUUGGUAUCUGUGACUGUUCGAAUUACCUGUUACAAUAAACCCACAUCUCCAGUCCUA